AUGAGUAGCCUCGACGUGCCGUCGCCGGGUUACGAGUUUCAAUUGUCUAGUCUGCCACAUGCCGCGCUAUCCUUUGAUCAGCAAGACAUGUUCUCCCGAAGAAAGUCGAUUCCUCGCAGUGCCGGUCUCAGCAGCCAUGGCAGCCUGCAGAGCCGCCAGACAUUCCCCAUGGCCCCACAGUCCAUCCUCCCUUCCCAGGGCGUCCAGCAGCAGAGGACGCUGUCUCAUCAGACCAUGUCGUCGCAUCAGAUGCACCGCACCGCCUCGAAUAUGUCGACCCAGUCUGCCAGCCCUUUCAUGUGCAGCGGACCCGUUACGCCUCCGCCCAAAUCGAUUCCUGCUGCCCAGCAUUACAUGAGCAGCAAUGAAAGCGCGGCCGCGUAUAUGGCCGCGAUGCAUGCAUCGCCCGCUCGGCCGAGAGCCCGAACAGCCAUGUCCAUGAACGCCGGUCUCACCACCGUCGCCGAGUCGAAGCUCCUUGACCCCGAGACCUAUUUCGCAAAUCUCGAGGGUCUCCAAGAUGCUGCCAAUGCCUCCUACCUCAGCACGUCCUUGCCCGGUCAGAUGCGCUUGUCGGAUAUGCCGUCUCAAUGGCAUCCGUCCAGCGUCUCUGUUUGUGGAUCAAUGACAACUGGCUUGACCCCAGAUACGGCGCCAAUGACCCGCGAGAACAGCAGCCUGUUUGACAGCCAGUCGGUCGGCGGAGCCAUGCACAUGAUGCAAUUGGGCUCGCAUCAAGGCACGGAUCAAUCUCAUCUCGGCAGCCCGCGAUAUGCGGUUACUAGUAGCGGUCAGAACUCACCUUUGAGCAAGCAUAACUCGCCGGCCGAUGAGGAUCUGAACGGCGUGGGCUCUAGUCUUGUCCAACCCUACCUUAGCUCCUAUGGACACUCCACCACUGCCGAGGACGGGCCCGUGUCCCAAGCAAUGUCCCGCUCUGCCUCAAACGCCAGCGCGGUUAGCACCAAGUCCGCAUCGUCACUACGAUACCGUGCUAAGGAGACCCUGCACCGCCAGAACCGCAAUAUUGCUACGCUGAAGCCCAAGCCCGCAGCUGAGCAAAAGUCCACCGACGGCAACUCCGGUAAGAAGGACGGUAAAGCUGUCAUCACCAAGGCCAAGUACGUGCGCCCACGCCAACCCAAGGUGUUCUGCGAAAAGUGCAGCGAUCACCCUGAGGGCUUCCGCGGUGAACAUGAACUCCGCCGGCAUCGUGAUGCCAAGCAUCCGGAACACGGCAUGGUCAGGAAGUGGGUUUGUGUCGACCCGGCCACCCGCAACCUGCCCGUGGGUGUCGCUGUCGUCAACCCUCUGGACAAGUGCAAAGCCUGCAAGGCUGCGAAAAAGUAUGGUGCUUACUACAACGCUGCUGCCCAUCUUCGUCGUACCCACUUCAAGGAGAAGCCAUCCCGCGCUAAGAAGGGGGGCAAUGGCGCCUCGCGAAGUGACGAUGACAAGCGCGGCGGCAAAGGCGGUGGUGACUGGCCUCCCAUGGCAGAGCUCAAGAACUGGAUGAAGGAGAUCUGGGUCAACAAGGAUGACUCCAAGGUCGACUCUGACGAGGACAAUGAUGAAGACAAUGGCGUCGAGCACAGCAGUGGUGACAUGGAAGUCGACCUUGACAACAACAUGAACCAGAUGCCUGUCGAGUACCCAAUGGCACAGCACACCCCAGGAGGGAUCGUGUCAGACAUUACCUUUUCCAACAUGUAUCCCGCCCAGCUUGGUAUGAACCACGGAAUGGUGCCGCUGUACAGCAGUCAGCAGCUCAUUUCCUCCGCCGGUUUCACUGAAUACCCAGGCUCGCCCAUGGGCCAUGCCUAUCCCUGGAACGGACACAUGCCGCAAUAUGGUAGCGUUGUCUCCAGCAACGAUACCAUCACCCCCAGCAUGGCCAACUACGGCGAGACUAUGAGCAAUGUUGGUGAUAUCCACUACGACGGAAUGAUGUACUCCCAAUGA